AUGGCAAUACUUAAAAUGAAAAAACCUUUAGUGUAUAUAAUAUUAGUAUUAGUCUAUUUACUUGGAUUAGCGGUUACAAUAACAUGUCUGGUAUUUGCAAUUGAAAAACGAAAAGCAUUUAUGGAUAAUGGUGAUGAAAUAAUUUUAAAAAAUGAAGCAAUUGAGUAUUUAUAUCUGUUUUUAUUAAUAGCGACAAUCAUAAGUUACCUGACAUCAAUGUGUUGUUCAAUAGCAAGUAAUGAACCAAAUAUCUUGGGAGAUGGAGGAACUGCGUUGGUACAAUUUAUAACAUCAUUAGUGUGGAUAAUAAUCCCAGCGGUGUACACGGUUUUAACUACGAAUGAAUUAGAAAAAAUUCCUUUUUCGUGCUCGACAUCGUCAUCAAACCGUUUAUUAAUAUUACACGCGUGUAAAAUGCGCAGAAAUAAUUUAUUAUUGAUGUGGAUAGAUAGUGUAAUAAUGUUUUUAACGAUGUUUACUCUCUGUUUUUGUUUUUACGGAUUAGAAAUUCGAGAUGAGGAAGAUAUUCUUAUUGAUCAAAGUCUUGGUAUUGGACAAAGUUCUGAAGUUUCUACUCCACCUGUUCUCAAGAGAUUCAACCCAUAUUUUUGCAAACAUUAA